GGAAAAUACACUAUUUUCCAAAGAGGGAUUACCGAAAAACGUGCACCGAUAAACCAGAGUUUAUUGCCUGAUUCUUCUGGAGUUGUAUGAGGCCCAGGAACCCCCCAAACCAUGGCAGAAGGGGGCUGUGCAAAGACCGAAGAGGAGGAAACCACGGGCUCCGAGGAGGAUCUGGGUUCGUCUCGUGGCAGCGGCGUGUGUAAAUGGUUCAACGUCCGGAUGGGUUUCGGGUUCCUGUCCAUGACCAACCGAGAUAUGACACCGCUGGAGGAGACUGUCGAUGUAUUCGUUCAUCAGAGCAAGCUGCACAUGGAGGGCUUCCGUAGCCUGAAGGAGGGCGAGGCGGUGGAGUUUACCUUCAAGAAGUCGUCUAAAGGCCUAGAGUCUGUUAUGGUGACGGGGCCAGGGGGAGCACAGUGUGUGGGCUGUGAGAAGACACCCAAGGGGCAACAGAAACGACGCUCCAAGGGGGACAGAUGCUACAACUGUGGAGGACCUGACCACCAUGCCAAAGAAUGCCAGCUACCUCCUCAGCCCAAGAAGUGUCAUUUCUGCCAGAGCAUCAGCCACAUGGUGGCCAACUGUCCAAUCAAAGCACAGCAGUCCUUCCCUGGCUCUCAGGGAAUAGCAUCAUCAUUGAGGGAUGAGAAAGAGGAGCAGAGCCACGCCCCCUUGCUCCAGAGGGAGAGCACUGAAUGAUCCAUUCAGGGAUUCAGCCAAUCACAAGGUUUCAUUGUAAUGCUGCUUUUGGAACUACAUCAGGCUGUCUUUAUUCAUCGAACUAACAGCAAGAAAAUGGUAAAUUUAUUGAUGCGAUAGUUGAGAUUGAGAGUUAGCUCUGUGUUUUAAUGCACAGAGAGACACAUCUAUCCACCUUCUUUGCAACUCAAAUACUUUAAAGUAAUUCCUUUUCUGUCUAUGAAGUUAUUAUUUCUGCAUUAGAUACUGAAAUAAUCUAAACUCACUGUGUUUACAAACUGCAAUAAGCCUUGUAUUGUCAGUUUUUACCACUGUACGUAU